GCGGGGCCGCGCAGGCGCGCAAGGCGCCCCGGCUCCGGCGCAUAAACAAGAGCGGGGCCGGGAUGAGGCGGCGGUUGCUUCCCGAGCACCGAGAGGCGGCCUCUGAGGCGGCGAGCGGGGCCCGGCGCCGACCCUGAGCGCUCCCGACUCGCCCCCCGCGCGCGAGCCCCCGGCCGGGCCCACCCGCCCGCCCGCUCGCCCGCCGCCGCGCGCCCACCAUGAACCUGGCGAGCCAGAGCGGCGAGGCCGGCGCCGGCCAGCUGCUGUUCGCCAACUUCAACCAGGACAACACGUCCCUAGCUGUUGGUAGUAAGUCCGGUUAUAAAUUUUUCUCCCUUUCUUCUGUGGAUAAGCUGGAACAGAUCUAUGAAUGCACUGACACUGAGGAUGUGUGCAUCGUGGAAAGGCUGUUCUCCAGCAGCCUCGUGGCCAUCGUCAGCCUCAAGGCCCCCAGGAAGCUCAAAGUUUGCCACUUCAAGAAGGGCACGGAGAUAUGCAACUACAGUUAUUCCAACACCAUCCUAGCUGUGAAGCUCAACCGCCAGAGGCUGAUUGUGUGCCUGGAAGAGUCUCUGUACAUCCACAAUAUCCGGGACAUGAAGGUGCUGCACACCAUCAGGGAGACGCCCCCGAACCCUGCGGGCCUAUGUGCACUUUCCAUCAGCAACGACAACUGCUAUCUGGCCUACCCGGGCAGCGCCACCAUCGGGGAGGUGCAGGUCUUCGACACUAUCAACCUGAGAGCCGCCAACAUGAUUCCAGCACACGAUAGUCCACUGGCAGCGCUGGCCUUUGACGCGAGCGGGUCCAAGCUCGCCACCGCCUCUGAGAAGGGGACUGUGAUCCGGGUGUUUUCCAUUCCAGAGGGACAGAAACUCUUUGAAUUCCGGAGAGGAGUCAAGAGGUGCGUGAGCAUCUGCUCACUGGCCUUCAGCAUGGACGGUGUGUUCCUCUCAGCAUCCAGUAACACGGAGACUGUGCACAUCUUCAAGCUUGAGACUGUGAAGGAGAAUCCCCCCAGGCCUCAGGAGGAGCCCAGCACCUGGACCGGCUACUUCGGGAAGGUGCUCAUGGCCUCCACCAGCUACCUGCCCGCCCAGGUCACCGAGAUGUUCACCCAGGGCCGCGCCUUUGCUACCGUCCGCCUGCCUUUCUGCGGCCACAAGAACAUCUGCUCACUGGCCACAAUCCAGAAGAUUCCCCGGUUACUGGUGGGAGCCUCUGACGGCUACUUGUACAUGUACAACCUGGACCCCCAGGAGGGUGGUGAAUGCACCCUGAUGAAGCAGCACAAGUUGGACGGCAGCAUGGAGACGACCCACGAGAUCCUGGACUCGGCCACUCAGGACUGCCCCUUGGUGGCCCAGCCCUACAGCCCCGCUGCGGCCAAAGGUACUCAGGGGCCUGCGUCCCCGACCAGACCCGAAAAGCUGCCACCUGCCCGGGCCGCUCUCUGUGCACAGGGAGGGCCCCCGGCUUGUCGCCUCUCGGCUCAUUCGUGACCCUCAGUGCCGACCCCGCCCGGAGGGGGCACCGGCAGCCUACACAGAGGAGCUGGGUGCCGUGGGUGGGGCCUGCCUGGAGGAGGAGGCGGGCACCCUGCGCCUGGAGGAGGACAGUGAGCACCCACCCAUGAUUCUCCGCACCGACUGAUCUGCGCGGGAGCCGGCGGGGCCCGAGGACAAGACUGUAGCUGUAGUUUGAUUCCGUACUGAUGAGAAAUACAUUGUUUUCAGUGGCUUUGAAUCCUGCUCACGAAUUUAGCUCUUUUUUUUUUCUCUUUUUGCCAAAAUUACCUGUUUGGCGAAGCCCUCAGAACCUCCUCGCUUUGCAUGCAUUAAUGUGCCAAGCCAGCAGAGGGCGCCGCGCGCCUUCCCUACCGCGAGGGCUGGGUCGGGCCAGGCCAGCCAAGCCCAGAGGAGCUGAGGAGGGGGCAGGGCUCACAGGCCAGAGGCGGCCUCCCUGGAGCCCCUCCUGGACCUUUCCCCUCUUUUAUUUUGUUAAUUAAAUUCUUUCCUAAUUGGA